UAGCACGAACAGCUGUGCUUUCCGUGUUUUUCUCCGCUCAUUUCCCGACUGUGUUUACAAUUAUCUAAUCGUUAAUUAAAAUAAAGCCAUGUCCUGGCUUGGAAGUACUAUUCAGAAGCUCGGCAGAGCCACGCUCCUGGCAGUGGGUGGUAAACCACUCGCUCCCUUGGCCUCCACGAGCUCCACUGUGCGACAGUUAUCCCAUGCAGAGCGACGAGCACGCGGUCCCACUGUGCGCCGCUAUGGAUACGAGGACAAGAUCUUCAAGAGCGGAUUACUGCCCCAUGUGGACAACGGGCAAAAGCUACCCAUGCCCGUGUAUCGUCCGAAGAACGCCUGGUCCAAGAAACGCGCCCUUUUUGGCCAAAACGACUACAUCGACAUUCUGGGCAACGACAGACUGCAUCCGGUGAAGGUCCUCUACUCCCUGCCCUCCUGGCUGCGUGGCGUCUCCGGCAACGAGUAUCAGGUGCUGCUCCGUAAGCGCAGACUGCUCGAGAAAUCCAAAUACCCAGUGGCCCGACCCACCAAAUGGCGGGAAAUGGAGAAACGCAUCCUGUAUCUGUACAGGUUCCUUAACCGCAAGACCAAAACGGGCUAUUCACAUCAGUAAAUCCAUCGAGAUCAAAUAAAAUGUUUUGUUUUAA